UAUGGAUACGGAAUUGCUCCCAUCUGCAGCUGUACCCAGAGUUUGAUCUCAGACGUUGCUCUCUGCGCAAAGAAGAAGAUGAAAUCUGCUGAGGAGGAUGCAUAUGGCUACACGCCAAAUGUCAGCCUCUCCCUCCCACUGGGCAACCCUUGUGCUCCCUCCCAGUACCACAGCCUCCAGGCCAGCCCCACUAUAUCUGUGUCUGUCAGCGAGCCUCACAGCUACGACACCCAGGAUGACAUGAGGGCGGCAGGCUACUAUUCGUCCUCGAGCGUCCGCCCAAACGGAGCCCCGACCCUGGAGAGCCCCCGCAUCGAGAUCACGGCCUACGGUCAGUUUCCCGAGGAUGAGGUGGAGGAGAACAGCCUUCCGGUGGCCAAGCGAGUCAACUCCAUAGUGACGCUGACCCUCCCCAGUGCAGAUGGUUACCGCGACCCCAGCUGCCUGAGUCCGGCCAGCAGCGUCUCAUCUCGCAGCUGCCACUCCGACGCCUCCUCCUACGAAUCAGGCUUCUCCUACAACUACGACAACUCACCCCAGAACUCCCCCUGGCAGUCACCCUCCGUGUCCCCCAAGGGCUCCACCCUCACCCUGCCAGGCGAUGGCUGCCCCUCUGGUGGCUCCCCUCGCCACUCCCCCUCCACCUCCCCCCGCUCCAGGCCCAACUCCCCUUGUGGUGCGAAGCGGAAGUACAGCUUCAACGGCAGCGGCGCAUCGCAUAAGCACUUCCCGUACUCGCCCAACCACUCCCCCGGACUGUCCCCGCAGACCUCCCCUCGUCUCAGCGUCACCGAGGAGACCUGGCUGCCAAACACCAACCAGUACACCAACUCGGCCAUCCUGGCAGCCAUCAACGCUUUGACCACAGAUGGAAUGGCUGACCUUGGGGAGGGAAUCCCCAUGAAGGCCCGAAAAACCAGCCAGGAGCCCACAGUCAGCCUGAAGGUGGAGCCUGGAGGUGAGGAGCUGAGUCCAGGGGAUCUCUGUCUGGACGACCACCCCGCAAACCGCCUGCCUUUGAAGAAGGAGGGCUACUGCGGUGGGUUUCUGGAUGUGCCACAACACCCGUACACCUGGUCCAAACCAAAGCAAUACGUCAGCCCAUCCCUGCCAGCUCUCGACUGGCAGCUGCCGUCCAGCUCCGGGCCGUACAGCCUGCAGAUCGACGUGCAGCCCAAGUCCCACCACCGAGCCCACUACGAGACGGAGGGCAGCAGGGGGGCGGUGAAGGCCCUGGCAGGAGGACACCCGGUCGUUCAGCUCCACGGCUACAUGGAGAGCGAGCCUCUGACCCUGCAGCUGUUCAUCGGCACGGCCGAUGACAGGCUGCUGAGGCCCCACGCCUUCUACCAGGUCCACCGUAUCACCGGGAAGACGGUGUCCACGCCGAGCCACGAGGCCCUGCACAACAACACCAAGGUCCUGGAGAUCCCACUGCUGCCAGAGAACAACAUGCGGGCCCUGAUCGACUGCGCGGGGAUCCUGAAGCUGCGGAAUUCGGACAUCGAGCUGAGGAAGGGGGAGACCGACAUCGGGCGCAAAAACACGCGUGUGCGGAUGGUUUUCCGAGUUCACAUCAACCAGGCCACAGGCAGAACCGUGUCCCUGCAGGCUGCAUCCAACCCCAUUGAGUGCUCCCAGAGAUCGGCCCAGGAGCUGCCGCUGGUGGAUAAGCAGAGCUUGGAGACGUGUCCCGCCCCCGGAGGGGAGAGGAUGCUGCUCGACGGACACAACUUCCAGCACGACUCCAAGGUGGUGUUCGUGGAAAAGGCUCAAGAUGGUCACCACCUCUGGGAGACCGAGGCCAAGGUUGACAGAGACGCCUCAAAGUCUAAUUCCCUCCUCAUUGAGAUCCCACCCUACCGGAACCAAAGGCUCUCCACUCCGGUCCAUGUCAACUUCUACGUCUGCAACGGCAAGAGGAAAAGAAGCCAGUACCAGCGCUUCACCUACGUCCCUGCCAGCGUUCCAACAAUAAAGACGGAGCCGCACGACGACUACGACGCCCCUCUGGUGUGCGGCCAGCACGGCCCCGGCCUCUCCUUGCACCCGAAGCCGUACUUCCCCCCUCAGGUCAUGACCCCGAUGAUGACCUCUGACCUCAGGCCGUGUGUGGUGGGCGGGGCUUACUCUGUCAGCCAGCAAAGAUUGGCAGCCAAGCCCUCCUCGCUGCCCUCCCCGUCCCCUCCGAGCACCAGCCCCAAACUGCACGACCUGUCGCCGUCGCCCUUCUCCAAGUGCCUCCCCGCCGGCCCGGCAGUCCAACACCAGGGCCAGCAGUCCCCGAUCCCGCACGUCUCCAUCAUCCAGGAGACGCCCGGGCGCUACCAGCCUGGCCUCUACCCACCCAGCAGCUCCUCUUCCUCCCCGACCUCGCAGCCCUCCACCCCGACCGACGCCCCCUUCUCUCCGAGCCACUGCAUGACACCAGGGCCGCCCGUCAGCGGCAGCGCCAGCCCAGGAGCUCAGCAGCACCCCAAGGCGCCAGAGAGGGGGCGCGCCUCCCUUCAGGAGGACGGCAGCCCCCCGACGCUCGCUGUCAGCAUCAAACAAGAACCACAGGAGCUGGACCAGAUGUACCUUGAUGAUGUCAAUGAGAUCAUCAGGAACGACCUGUCGAGCAUCUCCGUCCACAGCCACGCGUAGUUUCCCGUCAACACCAAAACUGACACAGGAAACCAAAAAUAAAGGGAAACACCGAACAGAGUUUGACUUGAUGCUUUUCAUGCUCGGACUACAGCAUGCAGGAAGCAGAAAGCAGGAAGUACAAGGAGAACAAAUGUAAAUUUAUUGUCCAGAUGACCAGGGUCCAACGUGUGCCUUGUUUUUUUUUUUCAUAUAUUAUGCCUUUACACAGAAAUUAUCCAAGGAAGAAAUCACAUGACUGACUUUUUUAAGACAUGUAAAUUGAGUAUGUAGCAACCAAACCUGCCACCACCAACUCCCACAACUAAGUAUGCUUUUAGAGGACCAAAAAUGUUUUUUUAAUGUCUUUUUUGCUGCCGUUUGUAAAUGAUUCAGUGCCUAUGAGUUAUGUCAUUUGUAUAUACAGUAUCUGCAGUGCUUCAGUUUGCAUAUCUGGCUUUACAGAGAGACAGUUUAGAUGAAAAGUGCCUUUUUUGACUGGAAACAGAAAAGUGUUUGGCUUCACGCGUUCAAAAUUCAACAUUUAAAGCGUGAUAAUGUAGCUUUCGCUUUGGCUACUGGUGAUUACGGGAUAAUGCUAAAAGACAAUGUAGCACAAAUAGAGAAUUGUCAUAAAGGCAGCAAACCGACUGAGCAGUGUCCGUUAUAACUAUCAAAAGUUUACUAACACUACUGGUCGUACCUGAGCAGGUAAGGCUGAAGCAACGAAAGCGUUUUGAAUUGAUCAGGAGUGUUUUUAAUUUCGCCCGAAUUCAACUUUUCAUUUGUGAAAGGAAGAGUGUGUCAUUUCCUCUUUCAAAAGUCUCACUUUGAAUCAUAUUCGGUUAGCGCCUGUUUGGGCAUUUGUCCGGACAAAUAAAGAUUAAACAAAUUGAAUACACGCUCUGUAUUCACACCCAACAAUAAGCACUUAACCGCUAAACCUGUGGUGCUAAUGUGAUUAUUCCAUUAAGACAGCUGUCACUCAAAGUCACGCAACAAUGGCUAAACCUUCCCGACAAAUCGCCCAAAACUCAAAUGGAGUUCUGUCGGCUGUGUGUGGUCACAGAGUCAUUUUUUAAAACAGAAAUGAUAAAGACUUGAAAAUAGGUUCGGGGUAAACCGUUGGCUACAGGUUUGAGUGGUAUCGAAGGAGGAAUCAUCUCAGUUUUGACAAAGCUUGACUUUGAUUAUUCCCUGGAAGCUAUGCAACAUGCAGGAAGCAUCAGUCUCUCAAAGAAUGUAAACAUUCGCCGUCGCGACUGAGAUCUCUGAUCUGACAGGUGACGACGGCGAACAGCAAUACAAAUAUACAACCUCUUUAAUGUUUUUGUACUUUCAUAUUUAUUCUCUUAGCAUGUGCUCUGUUUAUUCAUGUUUAUCAUGCAGCUUCUUUUUACAUGCUUACCUACAUACUGUGGUUUAUCUGCUAGUUUGUUUGCGCUCUUAUAGCAAAGCUGAACGGGCUUACACACACUCGUUCCCGGUUUUAUGUGUAUUUAUGAGUCUUAAUCCUUGUAACUGAAGGGCAUGGAAGAAGCCAUACUGAAAUGUUUACUGAGGAGGUUAUUGUUAGUCCACGACUCAUAAUUCUGCUUUAUGACCUAUGUUGUGUAUUUGUCAAUAAAUAAGCCUUCAUCUCUUC